AUGAAUCAACAAUAGUAAAACAAUAAAUAAAAUAUGAACUCAAGAUCUUUUAAAUAUUCAAUAAGAAAUGGGAAGAAAAUAAAAUUAAAGACUUGGUGUAACGCCAUAGCUAUAAAUCAUAAUAAUACAUUUAUGAUUGUUGCCUCUGAUAGGAAUAUUUUAGUCUUUUAAUUCAAAUUGGAUAAAUCAAAUAGUUCUCUUUAAUUCGAAAUCAUUCAAAAGAUAUAAUUACUCUAAAUAUUUUUAAACAUAAGUCCCAAUUUAUUUCAGGAUCUUAAGAUAAUUCCAUAAUAAUUUGUUCAUUAAAUCUCCCAUCUAAUACUAAAUACAUAGCUAAAUUGAAUACAAAUCCUUCAAUAAUCAGUUCUUUAUUGAUACAUCCAAGCUAAGAAGAUCUGAUAAUUUGUUCCUCUCAAAAUAUAAUCAAUUUUUGGUCUUCAUCAUCGAUAUCAUCUAUUAUGAGUUUGUCUCUUCUUUAGACUAUUAAUCAUCAUACUGAUUAUAGGAUUAUCACUAAAUUAAGAGGGCACAAUAUUAAUAUCUUGUGUUUAGGAUAAAAUUAUUUUGAUAUUGGUAGGAUCUAAUGUAAUUUAAUCGAAAAUUAAAUUAUAGAUACAAAUUUAGAGUUAUGA